UGGGAUCGCUGGUAGCGUGAGUUGGGCUAGAGUAACAUUUAGAAAAAGCUAUGGAAGACAAAGCACAGAUACAAGAAGCGAUUAAAAUUCAAGGUGAAGUCGUUCGGAAAUUAAAAUCAGAGAAGGCGAGCAAAGAUCAGUGAUAGGGUUGCUUACCACUUUUCUCCUGUUCUUCCUGCCUGACCCCGGGUGACCUUGGCCUGUCACGCUCUCAUCACCACCAUCAUCACCAUCAUCUGCUUCACCAUCUGGUUGAUCCAACUCUCCUGGAUGGCACUACACAUCUACUGAUUUAAUGACACUGUAACUGGCUGCUGUAUAACACUGGAUGAUGCUGCACUCGUGAUGCACUCCUGAACUUUUUUUUGGUCCUACUUCUGGACUUUCUUUUUUUUUUUUUUAAUCCUUACAUUGUUCCUGUGCUGUGGGAUGACCAUGCUGGGCACAAUCUGUGUUCGUGCCUGCUCUGCUCUGGUGGGAUUUCGGGCCACCACGUGUGUCCGAUCUCUGCGCUCUUUCCCUGGGAUCACUGUGGCUCAGAUUGAUGAAGAAGUAGCUAAACUGCUGGAACUGAAGGCUCAAUUAGGAGAUGAUGGCAAAAACCAGUUUGUCCUCAAAACACCAAAGGGAACAAGAGACUACAACCCCAAACAGAUGGCAAUCAGAGAGAAAGUCUUCAACACCAUCAUCCACUGCUUUAAACGACACGGAGCAGAGACCAUCGACACACCUGUUUUUGAACUAAAGGAAACAUUGACUGGGAAGUAUGGAGAAGAUUCCAAGCUCAUCUACGACCUCAAGGAUCAAGGAGGAGAGCUGCUGUCCCUCAGAUAUGAUCUCACUGUACCCUUCGCCCGCUACCUUGCCAUGAACAAGAUAACCAACAUCAAGCGCUACCACAUCGCAAAGGUCUAUCGCCGCGACAACCCAGCUAUGACCCGCGGACGUUACCGAGAGUUUUACCAAUGUGAUUUUGACAUAGCGGGGCAAUAUGACGCCAUGAUCCCAGAUGCUGAGUGUCUAAAGAUUGUAUAUGAGAUCCUCAGUGAGCUGGACCUCGGAGACUUUCGUAUUAAGGUAAAUGACAGACGCAUCCUUGAUGGGAUGUUUGCUGUGUGCGGUGUUCCCGAUGACAAGUUCCGCACCAUCUGUUCAACAGUGGAUAAACUGGACAAGAUGUCUUGGGAGGAUGUGAGGAAGGAGAUGGUGAAUGAAAAGGGCUUAUCAGAGGAGGCUGCAGACCAAAUCGGGGAGUAUGUCAGCAUGCAGGGUGGGAUGGACCUGGCUGAGCACCUCCUUCAGGACCAGAAAAUGUCUCAGAGUAAGCAGGCCUGCAGUGGCCUUUCAGACAUCAAGCUGCUCUUCAGCUACCUACAGCUUUUCCACAUCACAGACAAGGUGGUGUUUGACCUUAGUCUGGCCCGGGGUCUGGACUAUUACACCGGAGUGAUUUAUGAGGCAGUGCUGACUCAGGCAGGCGUAGCCCCAGCCUCUAAUGAAGCCCAGAAUGGGGCAAAUGCAGAAGAAAGCGUCAGCGUGGGCAGCGUGGCCGGAGGGGGCCGAUACGACGGCCUGGUGGGCAUGUUCGACCCCAAGGGCAGGAAAGUCCCCUGUGUGGGUGUCAGCAUCGGCAUAGAAAGGAUCUUCUCCAUCAUGGAGCAGAAGGCUGAGGCCUCAGCACAGAAAGUGCGCACCACAGAGGUUCAGGUCAUGGUAGCAUCUGCUCAGAAGAACCUGCUGGAGGAGAGACUUCGACUCGUCACCGAGCUCUGGAAUGCUGGCAUCAAGGCAGAGGUGAUGUACAAGAAAAACCCCAAACUGCUGAGUCAGCUGCAGCACUGUGAGGAAGCGGGCAUCCCCCUUGUGGCUAUAUUAGGAGAGCAGGAGCUGAAAGAUGGAGUGGUCAAACUGCGUGUGGUGGCAACCAGAGAGGAGGUGGAUAUAUCCAGAUCUGAGCUUAUCAAUGAGAUCAGGAGGAGGACCUCGGAGGCCUAGCUGCUCCCCGGUGCGCUGCCAUAACCCCACCCGCUUCAUCUGAUUGGCUCUAAUUCUUGUGCAGAAUUCCUUGCCCGGUCCACUACAGAACAUGACAGACACACACACAUACACACACACACACAAACACACACGUGGACUGGUGCUGUGCAGAGCAUGUAGUGCUCGUGAACACAGCAGGAGGCUAACAGGGAGCAUGCUGUCCAUGUGAAAGUCUCAUGUAACUUGCUGUCGGCGUUCAUAUUGUUCAAUAUCAAGCUCAGGUGAUGAGGUCAUAGAUGUUAAUCACACCAAAACAGUACACUAUCAAAAAUGACAUACAUACCUGUAGUGUCCGGGACCAAGGGUGAAAAACUGUUACACAUUUACUUUCUACAUGAAUAGUUAUGACUUACUGCAAUUACAGUUCUUACUAAAAUGCUCAUUUUGGUCUGUAUAAAAUCUACUGUACUGCCAAAUGUCUGGAAUAAAGUAUCCUUCAUUUUGCUCUAAA